AUGAUUUUCGAAUGGCAGGAGUUCUUCUUCUCGUUUGCCGUGCUCGGGCCUUACAUGAUGACCUACGCAUGGUCGCUCAGCUUUUGGGCGCGUCUAUGCACCGGCUUUGUAGCACUGAGCCAGGCAGCAACUCAGGUCAUCCUCGUCAGAGAUCCAAACGAGUCCAUGGGGAUGGUCAGUUCCAAUCCCUUUCCCUUCGGGAACAAGUCCCAGGAGUACAUUGCCUGCUGUGUCGCUGCUGGCGUUUGUGGUGCUCUCUUCUCAGCGUUUUCUGAGCCCAUCGGCCUUUUGAUCAUUCAGCUCUGGGGUAUAUUCUCCGUUUACACUUGGGCAGCCGUCAGGAGCGACAAGUUCAUGCCGCUCAGCGAAAGCCAAGCCGAGGCGCAGCACGCCUUGCAGCAGGCCUCUGGCUGGAAGGACCGGUUUGACAGUCUCUUCGGCUCCUCGGACACAUCUACACAUUUCUGGAUGAUCAUCUCCAUGGUCCUCUGUGCCCUUUCCGUGCUCCUCUUCUUGUCCCGGCUCCUCGUGAGGCCUCCGAGGAAGCUCCUACACUUCCUGGCUGGGGUGUUCGGGGCUGCCUGUGGUGCCCAUGCCACGGUUCAGGCUAUCUACUUCUACUGGAAUUCGGAUGGCAGCGAAGCACCGCUGGUUUAUGGGCUCAUCGCGGGAAAUCGCGACAGGUGGUGCUCAGACCCUUCCUCAUGCAAAAUAUUUUAUUCCACUUACUGUAUUUUGAUCAUUGUGAGCCUCAUCACGCAGUACCUGGUGUACAGCGGCUUCAAAGAGGUUUGGAGCGACAAGGUUUAUGCAGCAGUACCCUUCAAGCACCCUCGGGGCAGGACUGUGUCUUUCCGGGACGAUAGCGAAGCAAGCAGCACAGACGAAGAGGCUCAGCGAUGUACUCCUUGCAGAGGCUGCGCUGUGGAUCAGGACGACCAGACGGACACUUGGCUGUCAAACCUCCACACUCCGCGCUCCUGCUGGAUUUUUCUCACGGUCGUCGUUACGAUGUCUUGCGUUGCCAGUGUAUGCUUCACGUUCAUCGUCAAGUGGGCCGGCACGACCAACACCAACUUCCUCGUCGCGUUGAUAUACAUCCUGACCAACGCCUUCUGCCUUUGGAGCAUCAUCGAGUUUUUUGUGUUGACGCUGUGGUUUCACGUGAUUCGACUCUUCUGCGGCAUGCCGCCCUUGCCGAAGAUGGACUUCAGAACUGGUGUGCCGGCAAGAGGGCGGACCAUCAUGGCGUACUGCUUAUUGUCCAAGUCCGAAGACAGCUCCAAGGAAUGCUUCGAAACUGCGCGAGAGGCGCAUUUGGCCAACCUGGAUCCAAACAUGCGCAUCACGACCAGCAUAGUGAGUGUAACUUCUGCCCUGCACCUUGUCAAGAACGAGCUGGAUCUUCGAGACCGGUGUCGUGCAGAGAUCCGAGAACGUCUCACAGGUGAGAUGAACGCCAUCCUGCAGAUCUCUCUCGCUGACAGCUACGAUGACGAGCAUAGGAAGCACGUGCGCGACGUGCUUCAGGCCGUCUCCGAAUCAUCAGUGGGUCGCCUUGACUUCUGGCUGACCCUCAUUGAGCCGGGCAAAGGUCCGGUCGCUCAGUUGCCACAAAGACUGGCAGCCAAAGUGGACGAAGCCGUCCACCAUUUUGUUUAUCUUCACAGGACCUGCAAGAUCCUGAAGAAGCCUGGGCAAUACCAGGAUCUGAUGAUCCUGGGAUCCACAGGGAACAACCAGGCCUACACCUACCUCAACCUCGACUAUGGUAGCAUGGGCAGAGAGAGAGAUAGCGACUGCUUCGGAUUCUCCGGCAACGUGAGCGCCGGCCCGCAGGAGAACGGCAGCUUUGACGAAGCAGUCAAGCUUCUACAAGCACGUGGUCGGCCUGACAUAGACUUGGUGGCGAGCUUUGGCAGCGAUGCCAAAAAUCGAUACCACUACACCAUGGUUCUGGACUCGGACACGAUCUGCCCCGCCGGCAGCAUCCGGCAGCUCAUCGAAUGCGCGGAGCAUCCGGCCAAUAGGGCCUUCGGCAUUGUGAAUGCCAAUCUCGCCGUGGACUACACCAGCUCGGACUCUGACUGCACCUGGCACAUGUGGCGCAACGCCCUGAUGGAGGUCUCGACCGUCAACCUGGUCAGAGGGCAGUUCUGGAUAUUCAACCGAACGGGCUUCUACGGGAAGGGUCUGGUGCGCAACUCCAUGUACAUCUCGAGACUCAUCGGGAUGCCUGGGCGGCUUGUGGAAGCCUUGCCAAUUGAUAUUCUCAGCCACGACACAGUAGAAGCCAAGCUGCUUCAGCCAGCGGUGGAUAUUGGGGUCACGCUCUACGAGGACGUGGCACGCAAUCCCAUCUCGGCACUUUCGCAGUCGACCAGAUGGAUGUUAGGUGAGGUUCGCAACGCCUGCUACCAUCCUGAUGGAUCAUACCGCGGAAUCAUUUCGUCACUGACCGCAGUGUACGCUUGCCUGGUCGAAUGCAAGCCGAGGCAGAAGGUCUACGUGCGCUGGCGGGAUGUCCCGUGCUCUGUGGCUGCGGAGUACCUCUCGCACACCGGCUUUAGGCUCUUCCACGCAGGCCCCGGAAUCCUGCUGGUCAACAUUGCGACGUCCCUGCUAGCAAAUCAGGGGUGGCUCCUGGAGCUGAACGUGCUUCCGGUGGUGGGGAUGUCUGCAUUCCUCUUCACUGUGAUUGCUCUUUUUAUCAUCCCCAAGGGCUUCCUGAUGCUGGACAAGCUGCCAUCCCUGAACCUGGGCAAAUUCCUGCUCUGCUCGACGAAGGCGUCGAAAAUUGGUGAUGGCAUGUUCUCCAGCGACGAGGAUGAACCCUCCACAACUGGGCUUACCACCAGCGUAAAUCCUCGAACGUUCGCGCUGCGCUCUGAGGAGGACUCCGAUGCCGACUCCGACAUGGAGGAGGAGGAGAAGCUCGGAAGAUGUUCUGUGCUCAUGAGGCAGAUGGCUCUCGCCAUCGUCGAAAUCUUGCUGUCGAUCCUGCUCUUCAGCCCUGAGCUCAUCAUCGGGGUCGUGCGCCUCGUCCGUGGAUCCUGGGCCCAGGUGACUGGAACGCAGAACUGGCAGCCGCAGGAUGCAGUGGAGAAAGAAGUCCAGCAGAAUUUGAGCUUCUUCUACGUUUUCAAGAAAACGUGGCUCGUCUUCGCGUGCGGUGUGGCAUACCUGGUAUACGCGAUUGUCUUUGGCAUCCACGAUGCGUUGGUCUUCCUCCUCAUCAUCUCCUGGGUGGGCUAUCCGUUCACAACAUACGCCGGGAGCUCAGCUCGAAGAGAUGACUGUAAUAGUCACCACUUCAUACUUCGAGCCCCUUCUUGCCCUCCUCCAUGA